AGUCAACCAUUCGGAAUUCUUUUACCUGUUUAAAAAGUCAAAAAAGUACAGGUGUGUGCAAGGGAUCACACCGAGAGAAGCUGAUCAGUGGUAUAAAUCGGACAGUUUACCGGGAUGGCAGUAGCGGGGACAGAGUUAGAGUGGGGGGACAUCUUGGUCAUCAUUGGAUAUUUUGUAGUAGUAAUAGCAGUUGGAAUAGCAUCAUCAUGCAGAAACAGAGGCAGCGUGGGAGGGUACUUUUUGGCGGGAAGGAACAUGCACUGGAUACCGGUUGGUUUGUCCCUGUUCGCCAGUAACAUCGGGAGUGGUCACUUUGUGGGCCUGGCCGGAUCGGGGGCCUCCAACGGGAUAGGAGUGGCAGUCUUCGAACUCAACGCCAUAUUCAUCCUGAUGCUGUUGGGAUGGUUGUUUGUCCCUGUCUAUGUGGCCGCUGGCGUGUUCACAAUGCCGGAGUACCUGAAGAAGAGGUUCGGGGGCAGCAGGAUCCGUGUUUACCUCUCAGUACUGGCUCUACUGCUCUAUGUAUUCACCAAGAUUUCAGCGGACUUGUUUUCUGGUGCGUUGUUCAUCUUGCGGACCUUUAAGGGCUUUGACCUCUAUUUGGCCAUUAUCAUUCUUCUCAUCAUAGCUGCCCUCUUUACAAUCACAGGCGGACUGACCGCUGUGAUAUGGACCGACUCCAUUCAGGUGUUGAUCAUGGUCAUCGGAGCUUUCAUCCUCAUGGUGAUGAGUUUUGUUCGCGUUGGAGGGUAUGAAGAAGUUGUACGGAGAUUUUUCGAAGCCUACCCCAAUACAACGUUACUGAACUACGACAAUGCCAGCUACCCGUACUGGAAGUGCGGCAUACCCCCCGAGAAUUCGAUGAACCUGGUGAGGGCCUACGACGACGGCUCCCUCCCCUGGCCCGGCAUCAUGUUUGGACUGACCAUCUCCUCUGUCUGGUACUGGUGUUCUGAUCAAGUCAUUGUUCAGAGAGCUCUUGCCGCCAAGAACAUUGCAAACGCAAAGGCAGGAACCAUCUUAGCCGGAUACCUGAAGUUUACACCCCUGUUUCUCAUUGUGUUCCCCGGAAUGAUCUCCAGGAUCCUGUUCCCAGAUACCGUUGGCUGCGCUGAUCCCGAUAUUUGUGAGAGAGAAUGCGGUAGUCGGGCCGGAUGUACGAAUAUCGCCUACCCUGAUCUUGUGAUUGAAGUCAUGCCGGCGGGACUGAGGGGGCUGAUGUUGUCCGUCAUGAUGUCUGCCCUUAUUUCGUCCUUGACCUCGAUCUUUAAUAGCACCAGCACAAUUUUCACCAUCGAUAUCUACAAGCGUAUUCGAACACACGCUAAUGACGUAGAACUCAUGAUUGUCGGAAGGCUGUGUGUCCUGGUGUUGGUCGGUAUCUCCAUCGCCUGGAUCCCCAUCGUACAGAACGUGUCGGAGCUGUUCCACUACAUCCAGGCCAUCACCUCGUUCCUGGCGCCGCCCGUCUGCGCUGUCUAUGUCCUGGCGGUGUUCUGGAAACGGACCAACGAACCGGGAGCGUUUUACGGUCUGAUGAUCGGGCUAGUGGUGGGACUGACCCGGUUUAUCUGGGAGUACGUGUACAGCGUGCCGGCGUGCGGAGAGUCCGGCGACAACCGGCCGGACAUCAUCAAGAAGGUCCACUACCUCCACUUCGGCAUUAUUCUGUUCGCCAUCGUCUUCUUCUGUACAAUCAUCAUCAGUCUGCUCACGCCGCCCAUCCCAGAGAAAUGUCUUCACCGCCUGACUUUCUGGGGUCGCUUUGACACGGCCGAGAGGGAGGACAUUGAUGCUGAAAAGGACCAGAAGGAACUAGAGAAGAGGAAGCACAAAGUGGCGUUCAAAGACUUCGCCCACGUGGAGGAGGGCCAGCCAAUAUAUAAGACUGCCCUACAAUGGAUCUGUGGGGUAGAGAAGAUGGAGGCCACGAUAGAGUUGACAGAGGAGCAACAGAAGGCCCUGGAGCGCAAGCAGAACUCCAUCCACGAAUCCAAGAACCAGAAGAUUGUGACCAGUGUCAACGCCGUUAUUCUCAUGACGUUAGCCAUAUUCCUUUGGGGAUUCUAUGCGUAAAAUUAAAUCAGCGUGAUUCGAGCAGUGUAAAUGAUUACCUUCCCAUAGCUUUUAUAUAUAGAUGUAGGACUCUUCAUGUACAAUGGUAUACGUAUAUUCUAUUGGUGCUUUCAUCUAAAGAAAGAAGUCCCACGUAUGUUUAUUACGUUGAAAUCAAUAACGCAUUAAUCAAGAAUUAGAAAGGCACAUAUCAUGUUUUAUGACAAUUGUAAAAUAUUUGUAUUGGGCUGAGAAUCAAGUAAGUUGCUAAAACUUGUGUUCGAAACCAAUUGUAUAUCAAUAUAUAUAUAUAUAUAUAUAUAUAUAUAUAUAUAUAUAUAUAUAUAUAUAUAUAUAUAUAUAUAUAUAUAUAUAUAUAUAUAUAAAAUAUGUUCAGAAAAGUAUACAUGUAGCACUUGUUUUAAGGGCAGUUUUUCUCAGCACUAGAUUUAUACAACAAACGAAAAUUAAUUUGUACUAACAUUGCAAAUAUUUUGUAUAUUAUUUGAAAAAAAACCCAUACAUUGUCUCAAAUUUAGUCGGUGUCUCAAGAUUAGCCAGUGCAGCCAACUCAAAACAGUUGUAAAUACAUGUACAUGUACAAGUAUAUAUUUAUAUUUGAAUCUAUUACAGAAGUAUUAACAUGCAAUGGAUCGUGGAAAUGUGUGUUUUCCGGAACGUUGAAAUGUAUGAAUAAUUACUGUCGUUUUAAGGAGAAAAUCAAAUAUAGUCUUAGAUAUAUUAUCAUGAUCAUUUGUGUGCUGAAUUUUCAAGUUAUAUCUCAAUGUGAGUAUAACUAUUAUGUAUACAUUAUAUGGUUGAUUUUUUUUACAGGUAUAUACACGUACUUCUUAUAUUUUAUGAAUUUAUAUUUUUGAAUAAAGUAUAUAGAAAUGACAA